AUGACAAAGACUCCCGAUUGUGCCAUCCACUCCAUCACUUUUGACUCAGAGCUGAUGACCCAAUGCCUUCCAUCAACCUUAGUCAAUAAGACCUACCACCUCGUGGCAGUCGCCGAUGAGAAUAUCGAGCCGAUCAUCUUUGCCAUCCGAAACGUGAAGACUCUUUCCAAAGAUGGAAAAAGUACCAUCCCCCAGCGGAAGAAGUUCUUCAUCAUCCGCAAACAGAACGCGAAAGAGGGGUACUCUGCUAAUGAGCUGGGCCCAAUGUUAGGAUUCAAAGACACGUACGAGGCUCAUACCCUAGAGGUGACCCAGGACAUGGCCAGCGGAAAUAUCUUUCUUGCUCUUGCUUACGGAGACGAGAUAGGAGAAGCAGUAGUGAUUGAUGGUCAUAGUAUUUGUCCACUAUUUAUAGCCUAA